CAAAUUUUAUAUUUUAGCGCGCAAAGCCUCAAGGUAAGGAGAAUGAUUGUGCCGCCAUAUUUAAUUUUUUCUUUUUUCAAGAAAGCAAAUUUUUAGUAAAAUGACCGUGUUGCAAGGAGUAAAAGUCCUUGAAUUUGCUGGUCUAGCUCCAGUUCCAUAUGCCGGAAUGAUCUUAGCAGAUUUUGGUGCCUCAGUAACUCGUAUUGAUCGUCUACACUCAAUUGGUCUCGAAACUUUUGACGCUCUCGGUCGUUCAAAGCGCUCUGUUUCUAUUGACUUAAAACAAAAGAAAGGAAUCGAAAUAGUCAAAAGAUUAUCUUUGAAUUCUGACGUCAUCAUUGAACCUUAUCGACCGGGCGUAAUGGAAAAAUUGGGACUUGGACCAAACACUUUGAUGAAGGACAAUCCAAGACUAAUAUAUGCAAGAUUAACAGGUUUUGGUCAAAAGGGCCCAUUUAGUUCAAGAGCUGGUCAUGAUAUUAACUAUUCUGGUUUAUCUGGAAUUCUUUCAAUGCUUGGUCGCCAUGGUGACAAACCUUUAGCACCAUUAAACAUUCUUGCAGAUUUGGCUGGUGGAGGGUUGACCUGUUGCCUUGGAAUUUUGUUGGCUUUAUUUGAGCGAACCAAAUCUGGGAAAGGUCAAAUUAUAGAUUCAUCCAUGGUCCAUGGGUCUGCCUAUUUGUCAACAUUUUUUCAUAAAACAGUCAAUUUUGGUAUAUGGUCUGGGGAACGUGGUACGAACGUGCUUGAUGGUGGUGCUCCAUUUUAUGAUACUUAUGAAACAUCAGACGGUAAAUAUGUAGCUGUUGGGGCCUUGGAGCCACAGUUUUAUCAGCUUCUUGUUAAAGGUUUGAAUUUGGAUAAAGAAUUUCCAGAUCAAAUGGACACGAGUAGCUGGCAAAACAUGAGAUCAAGAUUUACUGAAAAAUUUUCAUCCAAAACUCGUGAUGAAUGGUGUGAGAUAUUUGAUGGUACGGAUGCUUGUGUUUCUCCUGUACUAAGUCUAUCUGAAGCACCAAAGCAUCAACAAAAUGUUGCAAAUGAUGUGUUCAUUGCAAAUUCUAAUGGUAUGUUGGAACCAAGUCCUGCACCUAAAUUGUCAAGGACACCUGGUCAUGUGGUGUCUUUAAAGCAACCAAGUCUUGGACAAGAUACAUGUGAAGCUCUCAAGGAGUGUGGUUAUUCCUUGGAGGAUAUUGCUGAGCUGAAAAGAGAAGCUGUGAUUCAUUGUGGAGUUAUGAAAUCUUCAUUAUAAUUGCUAAAGGAUCGAUGAAACAACUGCUUACCUUCAAAAAUUUGUGUAAACCCGAAUAAUGAAAAGACAUUCAUCGUGAACGCAAUAGAGAAGUAUUUUAAUGCAAGUCGAAUGUUAUUUCAGAUUAAAUCGUGCACACCUUGGUUAUUGGCAGACAGGGUAUUGACAAGAAGUGUUAAAAAUAAUAUCCAUUAGUUAAUUGUGUUAAAAUUCUAUGAUACGUGGGUCAGAUUUAUAAUCCAUUAGUAUCUACAUAAUA